AUGGAGUCUUCCAAGAAGAUGCCCCCGGAGGGUACAAGGGGGCUGAGCCUGGUCUCUUUAACGGCUUUUGUGCUGAUUGCAUUGGAAGAGGCCAAGGACAUCUGCAAGGAUCAAGUCAACAGUUUGGAAGUCAGCAUCAGCAAAGCCGCUGAAUACUUAGCCCAAAGGUACCAGUCUCUAACCAGACCAUACACUGUGGCUCUUGCGUCCUAUGCCUUAGCCAUGGUGGGGACACUGGACACUGAGAAGACGCUCAUGAGAGCUUCGACAGAGGGAAAUCGCUGGGAAGAGCCAAACGCCCACACCUUCAACAUUGAGGGCACCUCGUACGCCUUGCUGGCCUUGCUGAAAAUGAAGAAGUAUGAGUUGACUGGUCCUAUAGUCAGAUGGCUGAGAGAGCAGAACUACUAUGGAGGAGAAUAUGGAUCUACCCAAGCGACCAUCAUGGUGUUCCAGGCUCUUGUGCAGUACCAGAUAGACAUUCCGCAGCACAAAGACCUGAAUUUGAUCGUUUCUAUUUUCCUGUCACAUCAUUCUAGGCCUAUAAAGUACAGAAUCUCAAAUGAGGACGCUCUAGUGGCCAGAACAGCAGAGCUCAAAUGGAAUGAAGACUUCACUGUGAAGGCAGAAGGAACUGGACAAGCAACAGUAACGAUAAUUUAUAACGCAAAGCGAAAGGAAGAUGAAUCUCAGUGUAAGAAGUUUGACCUGAGGGUAUCGGUUGAAGAAGCCCAGGGUGUUAAGAAGCCGGAUGGAGCGAUGCGUUCAGUCUAUAUUAAAAUCUGCAUCAGGUUCCUCGGUGUGGUUGAUGCCACAAUGUCUAUCAUCAAUGUCUCCAUGCUCACUGGCUUCUCACCGGACAUGGAGGAUCUUAAGAGACUUUCCCAAGGGGUCAACAGAUACAUUUCCAAGUUUGAAAUCAACAAAGCCCCAUCCGACAGAAGCAACCUCAUAAUCUAUGUGGACAAGGUUUCUCACAGAGAGGAGGAAUGCCUGCAGUUUAAAGCUCACCAGUUUUUCGAAGUGGGGCUCAUUCAGCCGGCAUCCGUCACAGUCUACGACUAUUACAGCAUAGAUGACCGGUGCACCAAGUUCUACCACCCGUCUAACCAGAGCGGGCUCUUCAAUAUGAUCUGUCACUGGGACAUCUGCCGGUGUGCAGAAGAAAGCUGCUUCAUGCAGCAGAAGAUAGAGGGUCCCGUCACCCUGAACAGACGAAUGGAGGAAGCCUGCAAACCUGGAGUGGAUUAUGUGUAUAAAACCAGGCUUGUUAGAAUUCAACAAGUGGAUAGUUCUGACUACUACAUCAUGGAAAUUGUGGAACUCAUUAAGGCAGGGACUGAUGAAGAUCCACAAGGAAAAACCCGCCCAUUCAUCAGCCACAUAAAAUGCAGGAAGUCUCUGAGGCUGGAGCGUAACAAAGACUACUUGAUCUGGGGACGCAGCACCGACUUGUGGCCCAGGAAAGCUGAGUAA